CAGCGGCGGGCGGCACGGCGCCCACCAUGAGCGACGAGAGCCGCGGGGACGGCCGCGCCGAGAGCGCCCGGGACCUGGAGAAGCAGCUCCGCCUGCGCGUGUGCGUGCUCAGCGAGCUGCAGAAGACCGAGCGCGACUACGUGGGCACGCUGGAGUUCCUGGUGUCGGCAUUCUUACACCGGAUGAACCAGUGCGCUGCCUCGAAACUUGACAAAAAUGUAACAGAAGAAACGGUGAAGAUGCUGUUCUCAAACAUUGAAGAUAUCCUUGCAGUACAUAAAGAAUUCUUAAAAGUCGUGGAAGAAUGCUUACAUCCAGAACCGAAUGCUCAGCAAGAAGUGGGAACCUGCUUUCUUCACUUUAAAGACAAGUUUCGUAUCUACGACGAAUAUUGUAGUAAUCAUGAGAAGGCACAGAAAUUGCUUUUUGAACUUAACAAAAUAAGAACAAUCCGGACAUUUCUUUUGAACUGCAUGCUACUUGGAGGACGGAAGAACACAGAUGUUCCCCUGGAAGGAUACUUAGUAACACCAAUACAAAGAAUAUGCAAGUACCCUCUCCUUUUGAAGGAGUUGCUGAAGCGGACUCCAAGGAAACACAGUGACUACGCAGCAGUGAUGGAAGCCCUCCAAGCCAUGAAAGCCGUCUGUUCCAACAUCAACGAGGCCAAGAGACAGAUGGAGAAGUUGGAAGUUUUAGAGGAGUGGCAGUCUCACAUUGAAGGCUGGGAGGGGUCCAACAUUACCGACGCCUGUACUGAAAUGCUAAUGUGUGGAGUCUUACUAAAAAUUUCUUCUGGAAAUAUUCAAGAACGGGUGUUUUUUCUUUUCGAUAACCUUUUGGUGUAUUGCAAAAGAAAACACAGACGGUUGAAGAACAGCAAAGCGUCUACCGAUGGACAUCGUUACGUUUUUCGUGGCCGGAUCAAUACAGAGGUGAUGGAAGUGGAGAAUGUGGAUGAUGGCACAGCUGACUUCCACAGCAGUGGACACAUUGUUGUUAAUGGGUGGAAGAUACAUAACACAGCCAAAAAUAAAUGGUUUGUGUGUAUGGCAAAAACACCUGAAGAGAAACAUGAAUGGUUUGAAGCCAUUUUGAAAGAAAGAGAACGGCGGAAAGGUUUAAAAUUAGGAAUGGAGCAAGACACCUGGGUAAUGAUCUCUGAACAGGGUGAGAAACUUUAUAAAAUGAUGUGCAAACAAGGAAAUCUGAUCAAAGACAGAAAAAGAAAACUGACUACGUUCCCUAAAUGCUUUCUUGGAAGUGAAUUUGUGUCAUGGCUGUUAGAAAUUGGAGAGAUUCACAGGCCUGAGGAAGGUGUUCACUUGGGACAAGCAUUGUUAGAAAAUGGAAUCAUCCAUCAUGUUACGGAUAAACAUCAAUUCAAACCGGAACAGAUGUUAUAUAGAUUUCGCUAUGAUGAUGGAACCUUUUAUCCAAGAAGUGAGAUGCAGGAUGUGAUUUCAAAGGGCGUACGAUUAUAUUGCCGUCUUCAUAGUCUAUUUACUCCAGUGAUAAGAGAUAAAGAUUACCACUUAAGAACCUACAAAUCUGUGGUUAUGGCCAACAAGCUGAUAGACUGGUUAAUUGCACAGGGGGAUUGCCGCACCAGAGAAGAGGCAAUGAUAUUUGGCGUUGGACUCUGUGACAAUGGAUUUAUGCACCAUGUCCUUGAAAAAAGUGAAUUCAAAGAUGAACCUUUACUUUUCCGCUUUUUUGCUGAUGAAGAAAUGGAAGGAUCAAAUAUGAAACAUCGACUGAUGAAACAUGAUUUAAAAGUUGUAGAAAAUGUUAUAGCCAAAUCAUUAUUGAUUAAAUCCAAUGAAGGCAGCUAUGGUUUUGGGUUAGAAGACAAAAAUAAAGUUCCAAUAAUAAAGUUGGUAGAAAAGGGGUCUAAUGCUGAGAUGGCUGGCAUGGAAGUUGGGAAGAAGAUUUUUGCUAUUAAUGGUGACCUAGUUUUCAUGAGACCUUUCAAUGAAGUGGAUUGCUUCCUGAAGUCAUGCUUAAAUAGCAGAAAACCUCUAAGAGUUCUUGUGAGCACAAAGCCAAGAGAGACAGUGAAAAUCCCAGAUUCAGCGGAGGGACUUGGCUUCCAGAUCCGAGGAUAUGGCCCUUCGGUGGUGCAUGCGGUGGGCAGAGUUUUCUCAUUUGUAUUUAAAGGAACUGUGGCCGCAGCCGCUGGUCUUCACCCUGGACAGUGUAUCAUCAAAGUAAAUGGAAUCAAUGUCAGCAAAGAGACACACGCCAGUGUUAUUGCCCAUGUCACGGCCUGCAGGAAGUACAGGAGACCAACGAAGCAAGAUUCCAUUCAAUGGGUUUAUAACAGCAUUGAGAGCGCUCAGGAAGACCUUCAGAAGUCUAACUCCAAACCCCUAGGAGAUGAAGCAGGGGAUGCUUUUGACUGUAAAGUAGAAGAGGUAAUUGACAAGUUCAACACCAUGGCCAUCAUCGAUGGGAAGAAGGAGCACGUGAGUCUGACGGUGGAUAACGUCCACCUAGAGUAUGGCGUCGUGUACGAGUAUGACAGCACCGCUGGGGUCAAGUGCAACGUGGUGGAGAAGAUGAUCGAGCCCAAAGGUUUCUUCAGCCUCACUGCCAAGAUUCUUGAAGCCCUGGCUAAAAGCGAUGAUCAUUUUGUACAAAACUGCACCAGCCUUAACUCUUUGAACGAAGUGAUUCCUACUGACCUUCAGAGUAAAUUCAGUGCUGUUUGCAAUGAAAAAAUUGAGCGCAUAUGUCAGAGAAUAUCCAGUUAUAAAAAGUUUUCUCGUGUACUAAAGAAUAGAGCCUGGCCCACCUUUAAACAGGCCAAAUCUAAAAUCUCCCCACUGCACAGCAGUGAUUUCUGCCCCACCAACUGCCAUGUCAACGUGAUGGAAGUUUCUUAUCCCAAAACAUCAGCGUACCUGGGGAGUGCAUUUGGUGUUCAGUUGGAUAGCAGGAAGCAUAAUUCUCAUGAUAAAGAAAAUAAAUCGGAACAAGGAAAACUAAGCCCUAUGGUGUACAUUCAACAUACGAUUACAACCAUGGCGGCCCCUUCAGGUCUGUCUCUGGGGCAGCAAGAUGGGCACGGUCUCCGGUAUUUGUUGAAAGAAGACGACUUAGAAACCCAAGAUAUCUAUCAGAAACUGCUGGGCAAACUUCAGACUGCACUGAAGGAGGUGGAGAUGUGUGUUUGUCAAACAGAUGACCUUCUGUCUUCAAUAACAUAUUCUCCUAAAUUAGAACGUAAGACAUCAGAGUCCAUAGUCCCAACAGACAGUGACAACGAGAAGGGAGAGAGAAACAGCAAACGUGUCUGUUUUAACGUGGCAGGCGAUGAGCAGGAAGAUUCAGGUCACGACACCAUCAGCAACAGAGACUCUUACAGCGACUGCAACAGCAAUAGGAAUUCCAUCACCUCCUUCACCAGCAUCUGCAGUAGCCAGUGCAGCUCAUAUUUUCACAGCGAUGAGAUGGACUCAGGUGAUGAGCUUCCCCUAAAUGUUCGCAUUUCUCGUGAUAAACAGGACAAGAUACACAGUUGCCUUGAGCAUCUUUUCAGCCAGGUGGAUUCCAUUACCAAUCUCCUGAAAGGCCAAGCUGUUGUGAGGGCCUUUGAGCAAACCAAGUACCUGACACCAGGUCGAGGGUUACAAGAGUUUCAGCAGGAAAUGGAACCAAAGCUGAGUUGUCCAAAAAGGUUAAGGCUUCACAUCAAGCAAGAUCCUUGGAAUCUUCCCAGCAGUGUCCGGAAUCUUGCUCAGAACAUCAGAAAAUUUGUUGAAGAGGUAAAGUGUAGGAUACUCCUGGCUCUUCUUGAAUAUUCAGACAGUGAGACACAGCUCCGAAGAGACAUGGUUUUCUGCCAGAGUCUCGUGGCCACAGUCUGUGCCUUCUCCGAGCAGCUCAUGGCCGCCUUAAACCAGAUGUUUGACAACAGCAAGGAAAAUGAGAUGGAAACUUGGGAAGCCAGCAGAAGGUGGCUGGACCAGAUAGCAAAUGCAGGAGUUCUUUUUCACUUUCAGUCACUUCUGUCACCAAACUUGACAGAUGAACAAGCCAUGCUAGAAGAUACACUGGUUGCACUAUUUGAUUUGGAAAAGGUUUCUUUUUACUUUAAACCAUCAGAAGAGGAACCCCUGGUUGCAAAUGUUCCUCUUACUUAUCAAGCUGAAGGAAGCCGGCAAGCUCUGAAAGUUUACUUCUACAUCGAUAGUUAUCAUUUUGAACAACUGCCUCAAAGGUUGAAAAACGGAGGAGGGUUUAAAAUUCAUCCUGUUCUUUUUGCACAAGCACUGGAGAGCAUGGAAGGAUAUUAUUAUAGAGACAAUGUUUUGGUGGAAGAAUUUCAAGCCCAAAUAAAUGCAGCCUCCCUGGAAAAGGUCAAACAGUACAACCAGAAGCUCAGGGCAUUCUACUUGGACAAGUCAAAUUCACCACCAAACUCCACAUCCAAAGCUGCUUAUGUAGAUAAGCUCAUGAGGCCUCUCAACGUUUUGGAUGAACUGUAUCGACUGGUAGCCUCGUUUAUCAAAUCCAAGCGCACAGCUGCCUGUGCGAACACGGCUUGCAGCGCCUCUGGCGUCGGGCUGCUCUCGGUGUCCUCGGAGCUGUGCAGUAGGCUGGGGGCCUGCCACGUCAUCAUGUGCAACAGCGGCGUGCAUCGGUGCACCCUGAGCGUGACCCUGGAGCAGGCCAUCAUUCUGGCCAGAAGCCACGGACUGCCUCCUUGCUACAUCAUGCAGGCUACAGAUGUGAUGCGGAAGCAGGGAGCACGAGUUCAGAACACAGCAAAGAAUUUGGGAGUCAGGGACCGGACCCCACAGUCUGCUCCGAGGCUGUACAAGCUGUGCGAGCCUCCUCCCCCAGUUGGAGAAGAAUGAGGAGAAUCUCCAAGGAACCAGGCAAGCAGAAGCUUCUGACCGGACUAGACAAAGAACGUGCUGGCUAAACAUUCUCCACUCAACAUAAAAACAUGGAUUUUUUUCUCUUGGUCUUUCAUCAUGGUGUAAAUAACUAAUGUUCAGCUUGUACUUAGAUAUUUGUGCUGGAAAUGGAUGGAAGUCCAUUCAGACAACUCAGUUUCACAAACCGAUCUUUCAUGUGUGUUAAUGUGAAUUAUUCAUCCCUGGAGAUUACAUAAAAAAAUAUCAGAGAUAAAACAUUAACCAUUGUGCCUCCCUUUCCCGUUUAUUAAAAUUAUUGUAUUGUGUUUGCUUUCAUCUUCUCCAAAUGGAGCGUGUUGUGUUGGAUAUUUCCGUUUGAAGAAGUCUGUCAUUGAAGAAAUGUGGUCACGCUUUCCAGAUCAUCACACAGAAAUGUGACAGACAGUAGAGACUGGGUGUCUUAGGUUUUCUGUCUCCCACUUGCAUCUGAGAAAGUAGCUUGCGGGUGAAAGGUGAAGAGCAUCCUUUACUCUUUCUAAGGGAGUGUUUCUCAGUAGAGGAGAAGAGAGCUGACUGAGGUCUCCAGCAAGACCUUCUUCCAGCUGCUUUCAGGGACCCCUUAUGCUCGUGGACAGUUCCAGGGAACCAGCUGUCCUUGGUUUCUGAAGUGGGCGUGGCUUCCUUGGGCGGAGUCCUGAUGCUGUUCCGUAGAUGUCCAGGAGAUGGGGAGAGGCAGGGAUUGGGGAGGGUUGGAAGGAAGACGAGGGUGAAGGAGGGAAAAAUAAGCCUGUUUAAAAAGUCAACCUUUAAAUUUGAAACAUAUCUAAAGCUCUUAUUUUAUUAAAGGCUUUCAUAUGAGACAUCAGACUCCUAAAAGAAUACACCAUGCUGAGUGUUUUUCUGUCAAGGUAAUAUAUAUAUAA